GCGUUCGCGCAGGCGCGUUCCCGCCCCGCUGGUGCCGGCGGAGGAAGAUGGCGGCGGGGCGGUGAGGGGACGGUACCGACACCGACACCGAUACCGGCACCGGGCCGUGCCGACACAGCCCAGCCGCGCUCCGGGACGCGCCGCCCCGGUGACAGACCCGAUCCCUUCCCCCUCCAUGGCCGCGGGGCCGGCCCAGGAGCCGCGUCCACGUCGGGCCUGCUCGGGCCCCGCCGCUCCCGGGCCCCGCCGAGGCAGCAGCCCGCAAAGCCACGCAGCCUGGCCCGGGCCCCGCCAGGACUGACCCGACCUCCGCUCCGGAGGCGUCCGAGGCCGAGCCGGGGCGGCCACCCCUGAGGAGAGCGGGACGGGGGCAGCUCCUGCCCGGACCCCCGCACCGAGCGGCCCCGGGCCCCUCGCCCCGCAUCUCCCCCCCGGUCCGGAACGGCACCGCCAGCGCCCUUCGGCUGCCGGCACAGGGGUCAGGAUGUCUGAGAACCAGCCGAACGCCAACAACCACCACCCGGCUAACAACAACGGGGGCGGUGGAGCUGCCGGGGGCAACAACCGCGGGGUCCGCAACCCCAACCUCAACCAGAACCCGCUGAUCAAUGUGCGGGAUCGCCUCUUCCACGCGCUCUUCUUCAAGAUGGCAGUGACCUACGCUCGCCUCUUCCCACCCUCCUUCCGACGCGUCUUCGAGUUUUUCGUCCUCCUCAAGGCUCUCUUCGUGCUCUUCAUCCUGGCGUACAUCCACAUCCGCCUUUUCCCCGCUCUCCCAUCAAACUGCCUGGAGCACGUGAGGGACAAGUGGCCCCGGGAUGGCAUCCUGAGGGUGGAGAUACAGCGUAACUCCAGCAGAGCCCCCAUCAUCCUGCAGUUCUGUGGUGUGGAGACGUUCCCAGGAAUGGUGGUUGAACCCACAGCUGAGGAGGAGGAGGAAGAGGAGGAAAUGACUGUGGAUAUGUUUGAAAACAGCUCUGUCAAGUUUGAGCUGGAUAUCGAGCCCAAGGUGUUCUCAAGCCCUCCCAGGUGAGCAGCACUGAGGCCCUGCCCCCACAAUGAACUCAGAGUGUCAUUUAGUGAAGCAGCCACUAAAGUGUGGCCACAGGAGGAGUACAUCGUGGAGUACUCCCUGGAGUACGGGUUCCUGCGCCUCUCCCAGAGCACCCGGCAGCGCCUCAGCAUCCCCGUCAUGGUGGUCACCCUGGAUCCUACCAGGGCAUGCUUUGGGGACAGGUUCAGUCGCCUGUCUGACGAGUUCCUGGGUUAUGAUGACAUCCUGAUGUCAAGUGUCAAAGCUUUAGCUGAAAACGAGGAAAACAAAGGUUUCCUUCGCAAUGUGGUGUCUGAGCACUACCGCUUCGUCAGCAUGUGGAUGGCCAGGACAUCCUACCUGGCAGCCUUUGUCAUCAUGGUCAUAUUUACACUCUCUGUUUCCAUGCUCCUGCGUUACUCACACCACCAGAUCUUUGUCUUUCAUAUUGACCUCUUACAGAUGCUGGAAAUGAACAUGAGCUCCUUCCCUGCCUCCCCGUGGCUGAGCUGGUUCACCCUGUGCCCUGCUGACAUCAGUCCCCUCUGUCCCCAGGCAUGGAAGCCAUCAUGUCACGAGUUCUUCAAUGACACCACCACUGCGUUUUACAUCAUCCUGAUCGUGUGGCUGGCUGACCAGUACGAUGCCAUCUGCUGCCACACCAACACCAGCAAGAGGCACUGGCUCAGGUUCUUCUAUCUGUACCACUUUGCCUUCUAUGCCUACCACUACCGCUUCAACGGGCAGUACAGCAGCCUGGCACUUGUCACCUCCUGGCUCUUCAUCCAGCACUCAAUGAUUUACUUCUUCCACCACUACGAGCUGCCCGCCAUCCUCCAGCAGAUCAGGAUCCAGGAGAUGCUGCUGCAGAACCAGCAGGUGGGGCAGGGGACACAGACCACGCCCAGGGACAACCUCAACAAACAACACCACAGCUGCCCCCCGUCGAGGCUGGGGACGCAGGGCCCCCUGACCCCGGGCCCCCGGGACAGCAGUGGCCCUGCUGCCCUGGCUCCUGCCGAGCCCUCCAGCGUCAUCGCCGCCGCCGCCUCCGUGGGCAGCGACCUCAGCUGGGUGGCCGAGACCGCGGCCAUCGUCACCUGAAGCCUCCUUCUCUCUGACCUGAGCUCCAGCCUCCUGGAGCCCGCCGUGGUGCACGAAGCCGUGGCCAACGGGAGCCCCAGGAUGCCACCCUCCUCGGGUUUUGGUUGCCCGCAUCAGGGUCAGCAGCGGACCAACCCCGAAGCGCCCGUGGGCUCCAUCACCAUCGAAGUCACCUCAGCCCCCGUGGUGGCUGCGGAGGGGGCUCCAUCCGGCACCCCCCAGCCCUUCCCUCCCCAGCAGACUGUGUCUGUCGAGGGCUCGGGUGGCCAAGCAAGGCCUAGUGACAAGGACAAGGUGACAGGGAGCCCCCCAGCCCCUGCCCAGGACACUGCUCGGGACAGGCACCCCGGGGAAGCGGGGACAGAGCAGCCCCUGCCCAGCCCCAGCAGAGAGCAGCACACCUGGCUCCAGACCGUGCUCGGAGCCGGACUCGAGGAGCCUGUCCUGAGUCUCUGUGACUUCUCUGGACUGCCAGGAAGACGUUUGGAUUUCCUUUGUUUCUAUUUCCUCACUUCACCAUCAUCCUUAACCCAUUAAUUCCUCUUCGCAGCAGCAGAGUGGCUGGACUGGAAUCGCAGCUGCAGGAGAGCCACGGGAGAAACUUGGAGCUUCCUUGCUCCUUGAGGGGAACGAGGAGCUUAUGACCCUCCCCAGACACUAGAUCUGCUUCAUGCCAGAGCAAAGUUGCCAAUAACCAAAGCAGAAACCACAA